AUCGGCAUGAACGUGAAGAUGCGUGGUGCCAUCGAGCAGUUCGAUUAGUCACGUCUGGAACUGGUCCGUCCAGUAUUAUCUUCCCCCAUCAGCGCAGGCACUCAGCGUGUAAAUUUCAAGGAAUGACAUUUAAACAAAAAAAGAAGAAGAAAUUAGCUACAAACGCGUACUGAAUAAGAAUAUUAUGACUUUUGUUAAGUAAAGUUACGUAGCAGCAGUUGUCAUGGGAACAGAGGAAGGCGGUAAACCGGUUUCGGCGGAAAGUUUCUGUCCGAGUGAUGAGGAGAUUGAGAAGUGGAUGCACAGCGCGUUUGGCAUGGCCAAAGAUGCUCUGGAGAAUGGAGAGGUGCCGGUCGGAUGUCUGAUGGUCUACAACGAUGAAGUCGUGGGCAAGGGACGCAAUGAAGUCAACGAGACCAAAAAUGCCACUCGUCAUGCUGAGAUGGUGGCCCUGGACCAGCUCCUGGACUGGUGUCGCGACCGUAGCCUGGACGCGAGAAGCGUGUGUGAGCGAACAGCCCUGUAUGUUACCGUGGAGCCGUGCAUCAUGUGUGCUGCAGCCCUGCGCCUGCUCAACAUCCCCGUCGUCGUGUACGGCUGCAGGAACGAGCGGUUUGGAGGCUGCGGUUCAGUCCUGGACGUUUCCUCUGCAGACUUGCCUCAGACCGGGAGCACAUUCAAGUGUGUUUCAGGUCACAGAGCAGACGAAGCUGUCGAGAUGCUGAAGACUUUCUACAAACAGGAGAAUCCAAAUGCCCCCAAACCCAAAACAAGGAAGGACUGAUCUUUCAUGGACUGAUCAGCUGUAAAUUGAGUUUUUUUAUUGCCUGUACUCACCUUUUUUUUAAAGUAAUAAAUGAAAGUAUAAAUAUU